CGAUAUAUCGAGAUCUCUCUCUCUCUCUCUCUCUCUCGUUAUCAGAACAGAAACUAUUCACUUCUGUUUUGCUGUUUUUGUCUUCCGUCUCCAGAUCUCUCUCAGAUUCAUAGCCCAAAGUCAACCAGUCAACAAAAAGUCUCUGCCUUUGGCUUCCUUUGCUGAGAAUUCAAGGGUUUUUUUUUCGGCCAGGAGGAUGAUAGCGAGGAUCCUCGCCGAUUUCAUGGAGAGUCCGGCGGUGGCUGCUGCUGGCGACUCUGUUCUAGGUACAAUCAAAAUCGCCGUUAUGCCUAUAGCUAAAGUGUUCACCAUGUGCUUCUUGGGUCUUCUCAUGGCUUCUAAGUACGUCAACAUCUUGCCUCCCUCUGGCCGCAAACUCUUGAACGGGUUGGUCUUCUCGCUUUUGCUUCCGUGCUUGAUCUUCUCCCAGCUCGGACAAGCUGUUACUCUCCAGAAGAUGCUUCAAUGGUGGUUUAUUCCUGUGAACGUUGUUCUUGGUACAAUCUCGGGGUCUUUAAUUGGCUUACUUGUUGCCACCAUUGUUCGUCCUCCUUACCCUUAUUUCAAGUUCACCAUCAUACAAAUCGGAGUUGGUAAUAUUGGCAAUGUGCCUCUUGUGUUACUAGCGGCUCUAUGUAGGGACACCUCCAACCCCUUUGGUGACUCUGAAAAAUGUAGCAUUGAUGGCACUGCUUACAUCUCUUUUGGUCAAUGGGUUGGUGCCAUCAUCCUCUACACAUAUGUGUACCAGAUGUUAGCUCCUCCUCCUGAAGGGUUUGAUGGCGAACAUGACAACCUUCCUUUGAAAAACCUUCCACUAGAUUCCUCUGCUCCAGAGCAAGUCCCCUUGCUUACUCAAAAUCGCACUAAGGACGUUUCAUCCAUUCAGGUUCACCUCCCUGUACAGACCGCAGAACCUAGAACAAGAGUAGUAGAUUCAAGGAAAAGCAAGAUUACACAGUUCUUUGUUUACCUCUAUGAGAAGUUGAAACUGAAGCAAAUCAUCCAACCUGCAAUAAUUGCUUCAAUUCUUGCCAUGGUACUUGGUGCAAUACCUUUCACCAAGAAGUUGCUCUUUACAAACGGUGCACCACUUUUCUUCUUCACAGAUAGCUGCAUGAUUCUUGGGGACGCCAUGAUCCCUUGUAUAUUGCUGGCACUUGGUGGGAAUCUCGUCAACGGACCAGGAAGUUCAAGACUUGGUUUCAAGACAACAGCGGCGAUUAUAUUCGGACGGUUGGUGUUGGUGCCACCAGUAGGACUGGGGAUAGUGACAUUAGCAGACAGACUUGGUUUCCUUCCAGCUGGUGACAAGAUGUUCAAGUUUGUGUUGCUAUUACAGCACACAAUGCCUACCUCUGUGCUCUCAGGUGCUGUUGCAAACCUUAGAGGCUGUGGGAGAGAAUCGGCUGCUGUGCUCUUCUGGGUUCACAUUUUCGCCAUCUUCUCAAUGGCUGGAUGGAUGGUGCUGUAUAUCAACAUACUCUUCUAAAGUCAUUCAUCUCACACUAUGCUGUAAAUACAGGGGCAUCUUCAUAUGUGCCUCAACCAACCUAAGAUUAGUUUUUUUUUUCCUACUAAAUGAGAGUUUAUGACUCUCACCCAGUACUGCAACAUGAGCCUGAGUUCUUGUUUUUUCUUUUCUCUGAAUAAAUCGAAAGUAUAUCAUAGUUUGUGACC